CGAAGCUCUGAUGCCAAUUGUUGGGGAAAACGGAGAACGUUCAAGAAAUUUAGCUUCAGAGGCGUUGAUUUGGAUGCUCUCCUUGAUAUGUCCACCGAUGAGCUUGUCAAGCUCUUCCCCCCUGCUCGUGCUCGUAGAAGGUUCCAAAGGGGUCUCAAGAGAAAACCGAUGGCUUUAAUUAAGAAACUCCGGAAGGCGAAAAGGGAUGCCCCAGCAGGUGAGAAACUAGAACCAGUGAGAACCCACUUGCGGAACAUGGUAAUUAUACCCAAAAUGAUUGGAAGCAUAACUGGUGUGUACAAUGGAAAGACAUUUAACCAGGUUGAAGUCAAGCCUAAAAUGAUUAGCCAUUACCUUGCGGAAUUUUCCAUUUCGUACAAGCCAGUUAAGCAUGGUAAACCUGGUAUCGCUUUAGAUUAG